AUGGGUCUCCUAGCCCGUGCCGGUUUAGUGCUUCUGGGCAUAAUUAUUGCAUACGGCUAUAAACUCUACCAACAACUCUCCGUAACGCCACGUGUACCGAGCAAUAUAGAGUUUUUCGAAUACUGGGGUCCCGAGGGAGGUGAUCCGUAUGGUGACAGCUUAGAGAUAGUGCCAUUUAACAUAUCCUAUCCACCGGAAGUGAUCGAACGAUUGCGCAAACAGCUCAACGAUGGUGCGCCGCUAACCGCACCACUCGAAGAGACCGCAUUCCAGUACGGAUUCAACAGUGCGCGGUUGCAGGAAAUCGUUCAGUACUGGCGCACGGAUUACUUGGACCGCUGGGACGAACGGGAAGCGUAUUUGAACCGUUUUAAGCAUUUCAAAACCAAAAUCCAGGGAUUGGAUAUUCACUUCCUGCGCGAAAAAUCGGACACAGUCGUCAAUCCGAAGCGUAUCGUGCCGCUGCUGAUGCUGCACGGAUGGCCCGGUUCGGUGCGGGAGUUUUACGACAUUAUUCCACAGCUGAGCAAACGGACAAGUGACAAGGAGUACGUGUUCGAUGUGAUUGUGCCGAGCCUGCCCGGGUACGGAUGGUCUCAGGGAUCAUCGAGGCCAGGUCUGAGUGCGUCCAAAGUGGCGGUGAUUAUGAAAAACCUGAUGGCCCGGUUGGGGUACAAGAGGUUCUACAUCCAGGGCGGAGAUUGGGGUGCCAUUAUAGGCAAUCUGAUGGCCAUACUGUUUGAGAAGGAUAUUUUGGGCGUUCAUCUCAAUAUGUGUAUGGCAAGUGGAAGUCCUCUCACCAUGGGCAAAUUGCUCGUGUCUAGCCUAGCGCCGAGCUAUUUUAUUGAAAAACAAUACAUCGAUUUCUAUCAUCCUACCUGGCCAAAAAUCGCUGAGCUUAUUCUGGAGGGAGGGUACAUACAUCUACAAGCCACUAAACCAGAUACCAUCGGUACAGCUCUUCAAACCAACCCGAUAGGAUUGGCGGCAUACAUUCUGGAAAAGUUUUCCACCUGGACUAACCCAUCCAAUCGGGAUCUUAAGGAUGGUGGUCUGGAGCAGCAUUAUUCGCUUGACGCGCUUCUAGACAACGUGAUGAUCUACUACCUAACCAACAGCAUAACAACGUCCCAAAGGCUGUAUGCGGAAUCUUUUAGUGCCGCGGAACUGGCAAAAGAGUAUGAAAACAUUCCCACCAACGCACCGGCAGCAUGUGCCAAAUUCCGCCAUGAACUGUUCCAAUACCCGGACUGGAUACUGAAGGAACACUUUACGAAUUUGAUGCAAAGCAACCAUUACAACGAGGGAGGCCAUUUUGCCGCGAUGCAAUUCCCGGACGUGCUGUACAAGGAUAUCGUUCAAUUCGUGAACCGACUGUAUCGGCGAUAGAGUGAAGCUGAUGGGCAGAACAAAUUGUGUAAAAGCUUACCGGAAACAUCGACAAACAUCAUUGCGGUCAUAAA